AUGUCGAUGCUCGACGAGCCUGUUCCUCAAGAUGAUCUUAUGCGCGACAGAACGCGUAUAUUCGAGGAAUUCCUCAUUUCAGAUUCCCCAAUUUACAAUUACAGAGACGAUAUCGCGCGCAUGCUGCGUACAGAUCAAACUCGUCUUAUAGUCAACAUCGAUGAUCUCCGCGACUAUAACAGAGAAUUCGCAGAUGGCUUGCUCAAGCAGCCCAUCGACUUUCUUCCCGCAUUUGAUGACGCCCUCGUCAAUAUCAUCACUCAAGUCCAUGACACCGAAAAACACGAACUCGAGGGAAAGAGCUAUCGCGUCGGCUUCAGUGGAUCCUUUGGUGACCAUCAUGUCAGCCCGCGCACCCUCAAAUCAGAACAUCUUGGCAAGAUGAUCUCCUUAGAGGGUAUCAUCACCCGUUGCUCACUCGUCCGCCCAAAAAUGCUUAAAUCCGUUCACUAUUGCCCCGAAACCAAACUCUUUCACGCGCGCGAGUACCGUGACGCGACUACGUCAACAUCAAAUUUACCACCGACCUCCACUAUGGAGUAUGGCCACUGUGUCUUCCGAGAUCACCAGCGUAUCAGCAUCCAGGAGAUGCCCGAACGUGCUCCGGCCGGCCAGCUACCUCGUAGUACGGAUAUUAUACUUGAUGAUGAUCUGGUAGACAAAUGCAAAGCUGGUGAUCGUGUUCAACUGGUUGGCUUCUAUCGAAGCGUAGGAGGUGGCUCAAGUGGUGCCUUCAAGUACAUCGGAGGCGGUAUUGCACAAACACCGUUGACUGAUACUGAUAUUCGGCAAAUCAACCAGCUUUCUAAACGACGCGACAUCUUCCGCCUUCUUUCGCAGUCUCUUGCCCCGUCCAUUUAUGGCCACGAUAAAAUCAAGGAAGCUAUCCUUUUGCUCCUGCUGGGUGGUGCGGAAAAGAAUCUACCUAAUGGUACCCAUAUCCGUGGUGAUAUCAACAUGCUCAUGGUCGGCGACCCGUCGACCGCAAAGUCGCAACUACUUCGCUUUGGUGUCGGUUUAACGGCGGCCGUUACCACUGAUCGCGAUACCGGCGAGCGAAGGCUCGAAGCAGGCGCGAUGGUUCUUGCAGAUCGCGGCGUCGUUUGUAUAGAUGAAUUUGACAAGAUGUCAGAUAUCGAUCGUGUGGCAAUCCAUGAAGUGAUGGAACAACAGACUGUCACCAUCGCGAAAGCCGGUAUCCAUACCAGUUUAAAUGCGCGGUGCAGCGUUGUUGCCGCUGCAAACCCGAUCUAUGGCCAAUAUGAUAUCCACAAGGAUCCCCAUAAGAAUAUUGCACUACCCGAUUCCCUUCUUUCGCGUUUUGAUCUUCUCUUCAUUGUCACCGAUGAUGUUGAUGAAGAACGAGACCGCAGAAUUGCAGAUCACGUACUGCGAAUGCACCGCUACUUACCGCCCGGAAUUGAAGAUGGCACUCCUGUGCAUGACAACUUAUCACAGCCGCUUACAAUUGACGGACCUGGUGUACAAUCCACAGAGGUGGAUGGUGGGGUGGAGACCAACCCUUUCGAGAAAUACGAUCCUCUGCUGCAUGUUGGCUUGACGGCAGCGAAGUCACGAACACGAAGAGGCAAGCAGGUGAAGACAGAGGUGUUGAGUAUCGCCUUCAUCAAAAAAUAUAUUCAGUAUGCAAAGAGCAAGCCUGCACCAGUUCUCACGAAGGGUGCUGCCAACCACAUUGUGAAUGUCUACGCCAACCUUCGCAAUGAGGAUGAGGGUCAAACCAAUAGAAAGAAGACUGCACCUCUAACGGCACGUACACUGGAAACUCUCAUUCGUCUAUCUACGGCCCACGCCAAGGCACGUCUCUCUACCAAAGUCGAGUCCGAGGAUGCUCGUGCGGCAGAGGAGAUUAUGCGGUAUGCACUUUACAAGGAAGUUGCCAAGCGUCAGCGGCAAAAGAAGAAGAAACGCAAACUUAAUCGCACGGGAGCAACCGUUGGGAGGGAUGAAGAAGACUCACAGGAUAGUUCCGAUGACGACGACGAAGAUGAGGGUGAAGAUGAACAACCCGAUGACACAUUGUGGAAUGACAGCAGCCAGGAUCUUCUAAUGGAUACGGUACCAACGGCUGCUGCGGGGCCAUCACAGGGGGGCGGUGUACGUCCAGAAAGGCUACAGCUCUUCCGUGCACGGCUAGCGAAUAUCUUCUCUACACGCCUCCAAGACGAGGAACAGGUUUUCUUGGCGGAACUUGUAGAAAUGAUCAACGAGGGUCUACCCACGGGUGCAUUGUUUGGGACAGCCGAAGCCACCGCAGUGUGUCAGGUCAUGUCGGAUGCAGAUGAGCUCAUGAUCAGUGAAGGGAUCGUCUAUAAGGUCUAA